AUGCAAGCAGUCAACCUGCUGAUUGACUCACAAAUCGCCGAGCCAGGACUACUUCCAACAAGCCCGGCAUAUGGUCCAGACUCGGUUGCCGUGCCCCAGCCAAUGCCCUUAAGGAAGCAUCAGACAUUUGCCAUAAUCUUGGCCAUGCAGCGUUCAGGAACAAGCCUUUUAACAGUAGAGUUGAGCCGUCACCCUUGCAUCAGCAUGCAGUCAGAGCUGUUUGUACAAGGCUCCUGGAACCCGAAGCUGCAAAAGCAAGUUGUGGAAGUGUUCUUUGGUACGAGAGUCAGUGAUGUUCAGAUGCUGGUGCUUCCCAACAUCACCCAAGACAUUCUCAAAAAGUCAAGGCAAGCUGUCGAAGAGGGUGCAGCGGUCCAGGGAUUUAACUGGAAGCUGAACCAAGAUUUCAUCCCAUGUUGGCACACGUGGCUUGGAGAUUGGGCUGCGCAUCACGGUGUUCGCCUCAUUUGGGUCCAGCGGAUAAAUCUGCUACGUCGGAUUUUCUCUAAUCAUGCCAACAAGCAGACUGGAGUGGCCGUCACCACAAACAAAAGCCAGGCCAAGACUGUGGGGUCUGUGCAAAUAUCGAUGAAUACAUCCAACAUCCUCAAAGAGCUGGCCAAAGACGAGCUGAACAUCAAGGCAGUAAAGGCAAUACUUGCCGACGCACGCAGGAAGGGUGUGCAGGUUCAGACUGUGUAUUACGAGAACAUGACUGAGAGCCUCGAUGUGGUCAGAAGGUUUUUGCUGCAGAAUUCUUCCUGUACUUCACGCGGCCGCGCUGCAUUGAAGCAGCGUUCAGGCUACAGCAAGAUUCAUGCAGCCAAGCUGAAAUAUCUGGUUCGAAAUUGGGAGCAACUACGGAAAACUCUGCGCCAUACAUCCUGGGAGUGGAUGCUAUCGACAUAG